GACCCUUUUCCACUCGUUAUUUUAAAAAAAAAAUCCAUUCAUUCAGUGAUUCAGGUAAAAAAAUGAAUAUUGGGGUUGAUCGUCCUGAAGCAUCGCAAUACGAGAAGAGGAAGAAAGGAUAACAUGUCGGCUGAAGGAAAUCACACAGACCAUUUCAAGAUAUGGAGCGAAUUGGAAUUGCGGGAGUUCCCAGAAAAGUUCGUGAUCCGUUCGCUGGAAUCUCCUGAUCGAGGCUUUUCCAUCAGCCGCUCCGAUGGAACGAUCGAGAAGCUACACGGGGAUAUGAAUACUGGAAAACCUGCAAAGAUAACUACAAUAUAUGGAGUAGUGGGAACCAUUAGGUUGCUAGCUGGAACACAUAUAUUAGUUAUAACUUCUCUGAAAGAAGUGGGAGCUUAUCUCGGGUUUCCUGUUUAUCGGGUGACAUCCAUGAAGUUUCUGUCUUGCAAUGUGGCAUCCAAAAAUCUAAGCAGUGAAGAAAAAAGAGAUGAAGCAUACUUCACAAAUCUCUUGAAGGUUGUGGAAGCAACACCAGGACUUUAUUUUUCGUAUGAAACAGAUGUGACGCUGAACUUGCAGAGAAGAUACAAAUUGGCUAAAGGCUGGAUGAGAAAACCAGUAUGGAAACAGGCCGACCCCAGGUUUGUUUGGAACAGGAAUCUGCUGGAUGAGCUAAUUGAAUACAAGCUUGACGGGUUUAUCAUUCCACUAAUACAAGUAAGCUUUCAAACUGCACAACUGAAGCUUGGGUGUUCACCAGCUACAGUAACAUUGAUAUCAAGGAAGUGCACCCGACGUUUAGGAACUAGAAUGUGGAGAAGAGGAGCUAACCUAGAGGGUGACACAGCUAAUUUCAUUGAAACUGAGCAGUUCCUGGAUUCUGGAAGUUUGAGGUCUUCAUUUUUACAAAUUAGGGGAUCAAUUCCCCUCUUGUGGGAGCAAAUUGUUGACUUGAGCUAUAAACCACAUCUAAACAUUAUUCAUCAUGAAGAAACACCAAAGGUUGUUGAGCGCCAUUAUAAUGAUUUAUCACAAAGAUAUGGAGCGAUUGUAGCGGUAGACUUGACAGACAAGCAUGGUGAUGAGGGUAAAAUAAGUGCAGCUUAUGCUGCAGAAAUGCAAAAGCUGUCAAAUGUGAGAUACGUGUCUUUUGAUUUUCAUCACGUAUGUGGGAGCUCGAACUUUGAGAAUCUACAGCUUUUGUUUGACCAAAUAUCGGAGGAUUUUGAGAAGCAAGGAUAUUUCUUGGUAGAAGAUGGGAAGAUACUAACAGAACAGAAAGGAAUAAUUAGAUCAAACUGCAUUGAUUGCCUUGACCGAACAAACGUAACACAGUGCUAUCUGGCUAGGAAAUCAUUGAAUUCUCAACUGCAGAGACUUGGAGCAAUUUCAUCCACUGAUUGCAUCUCUAUGUUCCAAGAAGAUUUUGAAAUAUAUAAAACUUUGUGGGUGCAACAAGGUGAUGAAAUAAGUCUGGAAUAUUCUGGAACAUUUGCCUUGAAAGGGGAUCUUGUCAGAUAUGGGAAACAGACUGUGUUGGGACUAAUUAGAGAUGGAAUGAGUGCCCUUUCGAGAUACUUUUUAAAUAAUUUCCAGGAUGGGGUUCGACAGGAUGCUGUGGAUCUUAUUAGUGGCCGCUAUACUAUCAAAAGGGGACAUCCUUCUCCUACUAUUCACAAUGGAUUUGAUUCCAUCACUUAUCUUCCAGUAGCAUCUGCUCUUUUAAUUGGAGGAUUGACAGUGACCACCGUUACAUUGAACCAAGGGAGAAAUGGGCAGAACUUAUUGCCUUCAAUACUUUGUGCUGGUGUCACUGCUGGGGUGAUGGCAAUGGUGAAAACGAACGGGAGACUGUUUUGUUCCAGGCCUCGAUUAUGUGGGCUUUUGUAAGAUGCAUUAUUACUUUUGGAAAUAUUUGGUAAUGCCUAUUGUUGUGUGUCAAACAUUUAUGUGUGUCUUGCGUUUUGCCUUGCUUUUAUGUGUAUAUUGGAUGUCUGAGCUAUACUGCAAAUUUGGUUGUGAUCUAUUGCCUAUUUUCUUAUUUGAUACUUCCUCCGUC